AUGUAUCCAAUAUCAUCGUCAUCCUCUUCUUCAACGUCUUCCCCUCCAUCUAACACUCAUAAUACUUCAUAUGCAUAUGGAAUUGUGGACAAAGAUGGAAAUAUUCAUUCUCAUGAAAUGCAUUUUUCACAUGAUCACGGAAAUCCAUCUCCAGUUCACACUCCUCAAAUGUAUGAUCCAAUUGCAACACCAUUUCUCAUGGACCCACAUUUCGAGGAUUUUGGACAAUAUUUCGUUAAUUCUGUUUUCGGAAGCUUUGAUAUUUCAAUGAAUAAUAUUGUCAACAAUGAGCAAUAUCCACAAUAUCCGGAAAUUGGAAUGAACUAUGUGCAGGUGCAAGAGCAGGAAAAUUUGGCACCGACUCCACGGAAAAAUAGUGGAGGUAGAAAGCCAUCGGCGUUCCAUCACAACUCUGUUUGCUCCAAUCCAAAUUGUGGAACACGUCAAACAACUCUCUGGAGAAGAACGGAUUCUGGAGCCAUCGAGUGCAAUGGCUGCUCCCUUUACUUCCGAAAGAAUGGUGUCCAACGACCUGCUGAUUUGUGCAAUAAGGUAAUCAUGAAGAGAAAUCGCCGUCCUCGUGUAGAAACACAGCUACCGGUGAGCCGAGGAGUCUCCAAUCUGCAAGAGCAGAGCACACAACAACUACAAAACAUUGAGAACGUACAGCUACUGUAA